AUGAAGUCAUCCGUCAUUCUUUCUGUCAUUGGUGCAGCUCUAGCUGUUGCCUCGGCCAUUCCAGAUAACGCUUUAGAAAAUCGACAGGCCAAGAGAUGCAAGAUCUUCCAAAUCUUCAGAUCACCCGAUCAAACUUCGGGUGGCGCACCGGGCUUUGUUGGCACACCCACCUGCUGCUGUCAGAAUGCGCAGUGUCACGUUGUUGACAUUGCCAAUGGCAUCAAUACGUCAGCGAACCUGAAUAUCUUCCUUGACGGAGAUUUUAGAAUCAUUGACGCCCGCAGCCAAGACAAGGGAAAAAUUGGGUCGAAUGAUAUUCGGGGUGCUACAUACACCGUGGCAUCACAAGGAGGUUGUACCAAAUAG